AUGAGAUAUGGUUCACACAGAUAUCUUGGAAUGACUUUGGAUUUCUUGGUGAAAGGAAAACUCAAGAUCCGCAUGGACGACUAUGUCAAGAAUAUGUUGGAAGAUUUUCCUAUCAAGUUCAACAAGGAUUCAAAGCAGGAAACACCAGCUGCUAACGCUUUAAUGGAGGCUGGUAAAGGAAAGUUACUCAAUGCUGAGUACCCUCAAAUCUUUCAUACUACUGUUGCAAGGGGACUUAUGUCUCUAAGAGAGCUCGUUUGGAUAUCCAUCCAACAAUUACUAUUCUUGCCUCAAGAGUUUGAGAACCUGAGUCUGAUUGGAAGAAGUGUGUUCGCAUGA